AUACAAAACAGGAAACACACACAGACACACACAAAAAAAACCAUCACAUACGAUCCUCGGUAACCGUGUCGGUAACCCUGUUUUCUAGCUAGCUUACUGGUGACUUUCGACGUUCCGUUUCUUAUCGUUUUGACUAUUUUCAUUUUUGCUGAACUUAUACGACCAACUUUUCAAGAUGGGGGGCGGAGAUCUGAACUUGAAAAAGAGCUGGCAUCCUCAGACUAUGAAAAACAUCGAGCGUGUUUGGAAAGCUGAACAGAAAUAUGAGGCUGAACGCAAGAAGAUUGAGGAGCUACAGAAAGAACUUAAAGAAGAACGAAACCGAGAAGAAAUGACAAGAUAUGCAGAGGAAACAGGUGCCAUCAAAAAGCGGGAUGAUCGUCUGGACUGGAUGUACCAGGGCCCUGCUGGCCAGGUGUCCAGAGAUGAGUAUCUUCUGGGACGUGCCAUUGACAAACAGAUCACUGACCAGUACGAGGAGCCGGAGAGUGGUCCAUCAGCUGAGACUGGCCUCCUGCCUGGGUCCAUCUUCAACCCCACCACUCCCGCCUCCAAUCUCGACCUGGCUGCCAAGAUCAGGGAAGACCCCCUGUUUGAAAUCAGGAAACGUGAGGAAGAAAAGAAAAGGGAAGUCUUGACUAAUCCAGUGAAGAUGAAGAAAAUUAAAGAAAUGCUGCGUCAGAAUCUUGACAAGAAAGACAAGAAAAAGAAGAGGAAGAAGGAUAAAAAGGAGAAGAAAGGAGACAAAGAGAGGAAAAAGGAGAAGAAGCAUAAGAGGAGGAGUUCAAGUUCAAGCUCGGAUGAAGAAAACGGGAAAAAACACAAGUCACAUUCACGAGAUGAAUCUUCGGCGGACCUCAAGUCUCAUUCCCUUCAUCUUCCAGGCUAUGGCCUGCAGCUCCCGGCUGGCAGACAUCACCAGUCCACAGCUCCCUCCAACCACUCUGGGCGCCGUGAGAGGAGCCGCUCCCGAUCGCCUCACAGGAACAGCAGAGAAAGUCACUCCUACUCUUCUACUUCGCACAGAGGUGACCGGAAGCCUAAAGCUGCCAGCCCACAAAGAGAGCGUUACCACAGACCAAGGCACGUCGUGUCCAAGAAGCUCUCUGCAGAAGAACUGGAGCGCAAGAGGCAGGAGAUGAUGGACCAGGCCAAGCAGAGGGAGGAGGACAGGGAGAAUAACGUGAAGAGAUACAAGAGGCAAGACGAGCAGGAAAAGCAGAGGGAACAGAAUGCCAAGCAUGACCGCCACUCUGGCUUCAUUCAUAACAUGAAGCUGGAAAGUGCUGCCAGCUCUUCCUUGGAGGACAGAGUGAAGAGGAACAUCCACUCCAUUCAGAGGACACCAGCCUCCUUGGACAACUUCAUGAAGAGAUGAAGACACAAAACAUUUAUCAUACAAACAGGCUGAAGUGAACUGAUUGAAAAAGCUUGGCAAGAGUAUGUCAUCCGCUCUUUUAUCUGUCUCUUAAAUGAACUGAGGCAGGUAUGUGUGUAUUACUGUGCUGGAUGGUGUGGAGGGAGACUGUUGUGAGUUCAGACUGAGAACCAUAUGGCUUUAUACCUACCCAUGUUUUUUAUUUGGCAAAGCUGUUUCCACAACAGUAAAAUCUUUUAUUUCAGAGAAGUGCAAAGGCCUUAUCAUGGCUGCUCUGUACCCCUUUAAAGUUCAUGUGAUCCAAACUUUGUACAAAAUAUAGUUUUUUGUGUUUUUAGUCCAAUAGGACCUACUUUUAUCUCAAAGGUUUUUGUAAUAUAUGUUUGUUACUUAAUGUUCAUCUGUGAGUAGCAACUGGAAUAAUAACUUUCCAGCAUUUGA